CUUGAGAGCUGAGGAGACAUAAUAGAGAGAGAGAGAGAGAGAGUGAGAUUUGAGAUUAGAGAUCAAAGAGAUUUGAAUCGAUAACUGCGGAAAAAAAAACAUGCAGUACAAGAAUUUGGGGAAAUCGGGGUUGAAGGUGAGCACGCUCUCGUUCGGGGCGUGGGUUACGUUUGGGAACCAGCUCGAUGUGAAAGAAGCUAAAUCGAUCCUUCAGUGUUGCCGUGAUCAUGGAGUCAAUUUCUUCGACAACGCCGAGGUUUACGCCAAUGGUCGCGCUGAGGAGAUUAUGGGCCAGGCGAUUCGUGAGCUUGGUUGGCGUCGAUCUGACAUCGUCGUCUCCACCAAGAUCUUCUGGGGUGGCCCUGGUCCUAACGACAAGGGUUUAUCCAGGAAGCAUAUCGUUGAAGGAACUAAAGCUUCUCUCAAACGUCUCGAUAUGGACUACGUCGAUGUCCUCUAUUGCCACAGGCCGGAUGCUUCAACUCCUAUCGAAGAGACCGUGAGGGCAAUGAACUACGUGAUUGAUAAGGGUUGGGCAUUCUACUGGGGAACUAGUGAAUGGUCUGCGCAGCAAAUUACAGAGGCAUGGGGAGCUGCAGACCGCUUGGAUUUGGUCGGUCCAAUCGUCGAACAGCCAGAGUACAACAUGUUUGCCAGGCACAAAGUAGAGUCAGAGUUUCUUCCUCUUUACACCAAUCAUGGCAUAGGUCUCACUACUUGGAGUCCACUUGCAUCUGGUGUGCUCACUGGUAAAUACAACAAGGGAGCUAUUCCCUCAGACAGCAGAUUUGCAUUGGAGAACUACAAAAACCUUGCCAACAGAUCCCUUGUGGAUGAUGUGCUGAGGAAAGUUAGCGGUCUCAAACCAAUUGCAGAUGAGCUAGGCGUCACGUUAGCCCAGCUUGCGAUUGCAUGGUGUGCGUCAAAUCCUAAUGUGUCAUCUGUUAUCACCGGUGCCACAAGGGAGUCACAGAUUCAAGAAAACAUGAAAGCUGUUGAGGUUAUCCCAUUGCUGACACCUUCUGUUCUGGACAAGAUCGAGCAAGUGAUACAGAGCAAACCGAAACGUCCUGAAUCGUAUCGGUAAAGCCAAAACCCUGAGAUCUCUCAUCCCUAUUGGAUCAGUUUGAAAAGAGUGUUAUAUGGAAACCAAAAAGAAAAAGAAAACAUUAGAAGAAGCAGUGUGAUGUUUGUUGGUGGGUGUUGUCUCGUAUUGGCUUUGUUUGUUCUCUUUGGUAGCUUAUGCAUUGUUUAAGACUCAGAGAGAGAGAAAGAGAGUGUAAUGUAUGCUUUUAGUUGUUGUUUUCAUCUUUUAAAAACGGUCUUUCUUAUGGUUAGUGAAACUUAAAGUUGCGUUCUUGUAGUUGGCGUGGCCUAUAUGUCAUAUGACAUCAAUAAUAUUGAAUAUCUCAUCAAACGGUUCUGGUUA